AUGGGGUUGAUAAUUUUAAAUGUUUAUUUAACGUAGCCACAAGUGAUUAAAAAAUACGGUUUUCCGGUCGAGUCUCACACCGUGGUCACGGAAGAUGGGUACAUUUUAAACCUGUUUCGAAUUCCGGGUAAGAGAAGGACAUAUCGAGGCUUGCAAGAACAAGAGGAUGACGAGAACGAGAACAAGUUUCCCGUAUUAUUGAAUCAUGGCUUAUUUGCCAACGGUCACAUUUGGCUGAUGCAACACGGUCUGAGAAAUUUAGCAUUCAAGUUAGCGUCUGAAGGUUACGAUGUGUGGCUGAGUAACGGCAGAGGAACGCGUUAUUCUCAAAAACAUGUCAAACUGGAUCCGGAGAGUUCAGAAUAUUGGAAUUUUUCAUUUCACGAAAUGGGGAUGUACGAUCUUCCUGCAGUGAUUCACUACAUCCGGAGUGUAGCACGUCAGCCUAAAAUUUAUUAUAUUGGGCACUCCAUGGGAUCAACAUCAUUUUUCGUGGCCAUGUCAGAAAUUCCAGAAUUGAACGACUUUGUGCCAUUCUAUACGCUCCCUUUUUUCACUCUUCAAUCCUUGUUCUUCAGCCAUGUGCCCGACUCUGUCUCAACGAAAACGCUGCUUCAUUAUAUGCAGCUUAUCAACUCUGGAAAAUUUAGACAGUUUGAUUACCCGAGUAGUUGGGAAAAUGAGGAACGAUACGGUGUAAAGGGUCCCCGAGAUUAUAAUCUGUCCAAAAUAACGACCCCCAUGGUACUCGUCUGGUCAGAUAAUGAUAACCUCGCCACGCCAAAGGACGUGAACAUUACGAGAUCCUUCUUACGACCGGAUGUUGUCAAAGAGAGCAUCCGAGUCCCAUGGUAUCUCUGGACGCAUAGAGACUUUAUUAAGGCAAUUGACGCAGAUAAGCUCGUUUAUGACAAAAGUAUUGAAAUUCUUAACACUAAACGGUACGGGUAG